CGGAGGACGCGCAAUAUUUUGAUUUGGAGCGGAUUUGUUUGUAAAUUUGAAUCCAGCGUUUGUACACAGUAUAGAUGAUAAGUUAUUUUGACGGGAGUUUUUGAAACCAUCUCCUACAACCCUGUGGUUUUAUCGUGCUGAAGACCUCAUUUUAAAUCGAGUUUCCACAUCUGCCAUAAUGGGUGAAGAGGAGGAACUAGAUGCUGUGAUCUCCAAGCUGGAAAUGGAACUGCAGCAGCUGAGGGAGCAGCUGAAGAACAACCAUGUAUCAUCUUUGGGCGGUGCAGCUGCUAGCAGUGACCCACAGCAUCAGGAAGAACAAGAGGAGGGGGCAGCCGAGGAGGAUCCAGUAUCCGCCUUCCUUGACUGGAGUCAGCAGCAGGCAGUGUUGGAUGCCGAGCUGGAGGAGCAGCUGCGCGCCCGCAUCGCCACUGCCGAGCAGGUAAAUGCUGAGCUGGAGCAGCACGCCGACACACUGCAGCGCGUGACGGCCGCGCGCCGGCGCGUCGGCUCAGACACGGCCGCACUGCGCCAGAGGAUCAAGGAUCGCCACCACGAGCAGCGCCGGCUCUUCACCGCGCUGCGGCGCGAGCUCAACCACGUGCUGCGCUCCAUCUACAGCCAGGACGGCUUCCUGUCCAUCGCCAGGCUCAUGGACGUGCUGCUCACCCAGUUCCAGGAUGCUCCGCACGAUCCGUACGUGCCCGUUACCGACGAUAUGCUUCCCGAGCAUCUGUCGAUGCUGGAGCGUGGCGGCAUCGUGCGCUUCGAGGGCCGCACCGAGGAGCAGCGCGUGCGACUUGUGGAUCACGCUGUCAACCUGAGGUCGGAGCGAAUCGUGCCGCAAGCGGAAGGCGACGAGGAGAUUGCUGCCGAAGAGCCACAGUCAACUUCCUCUUCGGGAGAGUAAUAGGACUGUGACCUGUUGACAUUGGUUGCUCUUUCGUCGUAUUUUUUGGCUACUAAGGAUGGGUGCUCUCGGCUAGUUCUGUUUGCCAUUAUUUCUUUGGCAAAUCAUUUGGUCAUAAUGUAAUAAAUUUAUAAAUAACACCACGAUGCCACACUUUGUUAUAACACUUUGAUGUGAUUACACUUUGAAACAGUUUUAGUUUAAAACGCAAGACAAUAUCAGGCAAGAUGUAAUGUAAAUGACAUCGUAAUUUGAGAGCUAGAAUGUGCUGUCAUGUGUGAUUUGAUGAAAUACAUGUUUUUAUACUGUA